AUGACCGGCCGUCAAGGUGGUAAAGCUAAGCCACUGAAGCAGCCAAAAGCUGCUAAGAAGGUGGAAGACGAGCAAGACAUCGAGUUCAAAAAGAGGCAACAGGAAGAGAAGAAGAAGCUGGCCGAAAUAGCUGCCAAAGCUGCUCAAAAAGGACCAUUGGGCGGUCGUUUGGCGCGAUCCCUAUCAUCGCGCUGCCCAUUCGACGCGGUUUGCGAGCUGUACAACUCGUCCAGUGGUUGGACAACCCACUGCUGA